AUGUCAUUUCAGUACCGAGCUUCAGACUUAGCACUGUCAACGUAUUUGUUAGGAGCCUAUGCAACAAAUCUCGAUCUUACGCUCAGUUUUGUUGGUGAGUUCAGUCCGAAUGGCCGAACAGGCACUAUUCCAUUUGCGCCACCCAUAUUGCAUUAUCCGAAUCCGUACAGUGCGCAAAUGUUGGACUUGCUAUUAAGCGACUACACGAUCAAUACACUUCUUUAUCACCUGCACCGAAGGGGUCUUUUCACAUUUCGCAUUGGAUCGGAACUACCGGGUGUCGGUGAUCUGCUAAAUACAACUUGCGCUGGCGAUGAUUUCUAUUUGGAUGUGAGCAACGAAAUUCAGGAAAUGAAAGAUUUCGGAAAGCAUACCGAUUUUUACAAACGCUGGAAACGAGAAGACGGUGUCGAAUCACUGAGGAAUUUUGGUGUAUGUUUUGGUGAUAUAGCUCCCGAAAUUCGUGAAAAGAAUCCCGACAAGCGAGUUUACAUAAUCGUCAAGACAGUCCGAGCACCAUCGGUGCAAUUCAAAGCAGCUGAUCGAGGUACUGUCAUCGUAGAGCUGAUGGCGGACGGUUUGAUAUACCUGGAUGGGACGAGCAAAAGAGUUGGCCGGGUUCGAGUUGUGACUGCCUUUGCAGUUAUUCCACGGCUUCUGAACAAUCAAAUCAUAGGUACUGCUCGGAUCGAAUAUUUGAAGUUUGUUGAUAUCGAUAAAACGUUUGGACUGCAGCAAGAAGCAUUUGAUAAUCUUGCGGAUUUGGCUCGUGGGACGAUCAACAGGGUAGUGAACAGCAAACUGGCUCAAGGUACUCCGCUUUCAGCUCCAAAAUUAACCAUUCCGAUCGAUCUGUAUAACAUCAACAUAAAAGUGACUGAACGCGCGCUUCUCCUUUCCACCGAUAUUAAUGUCCAGCCAUCAAUGCUACGGUUGCCGAACUGA